UGUUGUGUUGUGGCGGCCUCCUGCCUGGCGGUACCGUGGGCUGUGAGCCACGUGCCGCGCUGCAGUUCACAGCUGCCGCCGGCUGGCCGCCGACCGGCAGUCACCGCGGCGCCGCUGAGCGUCUGGCAUUGCGUAUCGCUGUCGCUUAUGUGUUAAAUAUAACUGCUCUCACUGGAAGCCGACUCCACUCUUACUAACUGGCGUGGUGGCAGCGUUUUCCCACGUCCUCGAACAGUCGGCUCUCCAUUCUUUUGGCCAGUGAGCCUUGCUUUAAAGUGGCAUUGUAACGGCAGUUUAUUAAUCAGGAUGGCGGCGCGUGCUCCAAAGCAGUGGCCGCUGACUCGACACGAAACUAUUACGUCCUUUGAAAACUGGCGCCAGAACCUGGAAUGCACAUUGUCACUGGAUCCGAACUUCUCCAAGUUCCUUGAGAGGAGUGUCACCUGGACAAAGAAGACUGCUGACAACCCGCUUCGUGGCUUCACGGACGAUUCGGACUCUGUCCCGGAAUCGCUGCGGCUCACCGCCGUCCAACAGGCUGCCCAGCUGGAGCUGAUGCUCGGGCAAAUUGCCAAUUUUUGUCCCGUCAUUUCAAGGAACACGAUCGUCAAAAAUUCAACUAGCCUGUCCGCCAUUUGGCAAGCGAUUCGUCUACACUUCGGAUUUCAAUCGACCGGUGCACACCUGUUGGAUUUUGCUAGCAUUCGCCGCGAGCACGAUGAACGACCGGAGGACCUAUUUCAACGUCUGAUGGCGUUUGUGGAAGAUACACUUCUCACCACAGAUGCCGGCAUUUCCCACCACGGCGUGCUGCCCUCGACGAAUGAAGACAUGUCACCAACCCUGGAGAAUCUGGUAUGUCUCCACUGGCUAAGUCUCCUUCACACCGGUCUGCCCGCCCUGGUCAAGCAACGGUACGGACCGGAGCUACGCUGCCGCACACUGGCCUCUCUCAAGCCCGAGAUUAGUCAGUCCCUCGCGUCUCUGAUGGACGAACUGCGCUCUGCCGAAGAUGCCCAGGUGUUGCGCUCAGCCGCCGCCAGCUUCAGCCGCGCGCCCUCCCGGCCCGCACCCACGGCCGGCCGGACUCAGCCGCCUGCUGGAACCGCCGCCGGUCAGCCCCGAACCGCCGCGGCCGCCGGCCGAUCCGCCGCAGCCGCCGCCGCGGGCGGCGACCGCCGGACUCAGCGCCCGGCCCGCUCCUGUGCCCUGUGCAAGGCGGCCGGCCGCCCGGAGAGCGACUCCCACUUCCUGAGCCGGUGCCGCUUCCUGCCUGCGUCUGACCGACGUUCCAUGGCCGGUAUCCGACUGAUCGCCGGCUGUGAUGUCGACGCCGACUUCGACGAGCCUGAGGACGACGAUCCAGUAUCUCCCACUCCAGCGGACGAGCACUGAGGCCCUACAUCAGGCGGGCAUCAAGCUGGAGGUCGGCCGGGUUCAUAAUCCCAACAAGAACCCAUGCGCCGAACAUGCCAUCGGCGAGCUCCGUGGUGAGCUCAAACGCGCCCUUCCGGAGGGCGGCCCAGUCUCUUUGUCAGCUCUAGCCAUGGCCACUUCUCGAUUAAAUUCACGUCUACGCCGCGGCGGCCUGUCAGCCUUCGAGAGGCUGUUCUCCCGCGAUCAGUACAGCCAUACUGCCCUCAGCACCUCCGACCGCGAACUCAUUGCCGAGCAGCAGUCCUCCAGACUGCAGAACCAUCCGUAUGAUCACGUAUCCAAAGGUCGUACUCACAGUCACGUGCCUCCGUCAGUUAUCACACCCGGUGUGCUCGUGUACCAUGCUGGUGAUCGAGAUAAGGCUCAUGCUCGCCCUCGGUACCUUGUUACCAGUGUUGAUGGAGACUGGUGCCGAGUGCGAAAGUUCGCCGGCUCGCAGCUUCGCGCCAAGUCGUACAAAUUCCACGUGAGCGAAUGCUACACCGUGCCGACCACACCCGCGCCACUCGCUACCGCUCACUCUCUGUCUGCGUCUUCGUCCGAUGAGGACGAGCCCUGUCCCGUCACCACGCCGCCCCUGGGGUGUCCUGUCCCUGCGGAGAUCUCUGGCGGCGCCCUCUCCACGCCGGGUCACUCCCCUCCGGCGCAACCGCCGCCUCCCGUAGCGGCGCGACGUGAUAGGCGCAACAUUCGACUGCCCCGUAGGUACGAUGACUAUGUACUUGAUCCCUGGUAGCUCCGAUUACAUAUGUUUUUGUCUCGUUAGGUCUACACGCAUUCUUUUGUUUGUAUGCGCUUGUUGUUGCGUCUGUGUUCCGUUCGAACCGGUUUCGGUUCAGUUCUCUGUACAACUGUUGUUUCUGUAUAGUCAGGAGAAAGAAAAGGCAGUCACGCCAGUACCAGGCGGGUACUGUAAUUGUGUUGUGUUGUGGCGGCCUCCUGCCUGGCGGUACCGUGGGCUGUGAGCCACGUGCCGCGCUGCAGUUCACAGCUGCCGCCGGCUGGCCGCCGACCGGCAGUCACCGCGGCGCCGCUGAGCGUCUGGCAUUGCGUAUCGCUGUCGCUUAUGUGUUAAAUAUAACUGCUCUCACUGGAA